AUGAAAUUUUGUUCGUCAUUCUCUGAUGUAGACCCCUGUGGAUUUGAUACGUUCUUUCCUGAUGUGGCAGAUGAAGCAUUAAGUCAAGGUAUUCAAGAUGACAAUCCUUAUGCUGACAAGAAAGACAUGGAUCAGCUACCAUUAUAUGAGUUGGAUACUAUUGUAUCUGCCACUGACAGCUUUGCCUUCCAAAACAAGAUUGGAGAAGGAGGUUUUGGUGUUGUUUACAAGGCAGCCACGAUCAUGUUUCAAAUGAAGGCUCCUUCCAAGGUGCUCCAUAACUCGGAACACUCUUCUUCCUCUUCUUUAUUUUUCCCUCUGGCAGACAAGAAUCCGAAUGCUGAACUUGGGAGUCUGCAUGAGGCCCAAAGUCACACGCUUGCUGGUAGAGCAUAA